UCUCCCACACAACAAUACCAGUUAUUUUUCCUUUUGAACGUGUAGAUCUGCUCUUGUUGACUCUCUCUUUUUCUCUCCGUCUCCUCUCUCUCAACAAAACCGGUUAUUUUUUCUUUUGAACGUGCAGAUCUACCCUUGUUGACUCUCUUGUGGUUGUUUCUUUUAUAGUUUCUCUCCCCAUCGAUCUAAGGUUAUCUCUUCCCCAAAGGUUUUCUUCUCAUCCUUUACAGAAUUUUAAAAAUACUAAUUUUGAAAUUUUGAUUUUCUCAUCUUUGAUUUCUUUGAUGGCUUUCACCUUUGAUUCUUAUUAGCAAUUGAAAGAAAGAAAAGAUUUUUUUUAGUUUUGUUUAUUUAUUUAUAUACAAUUGAAUAGCGUGAAAAAUUCUUUUCCUUUUUUACAAUUUUUUCCCCAAAGAUUUUCAUCUCAUCACUUACAGGAUUUUAAAAAUACUAAUUUUGAAAUUCUGAUUUUCUCAUCUUUGAUUUCUUCGAUGGCUUUCACCUUUGAAAAGAAAGAUUUUUUUUAGUUUUGUUUAUUUAUUUAUAUACAAUUGAAUAGUGUGAUUUUUUUUUUUUUUUUGUUUUUUUACAAUUUUUUCCCCAAAGAUUUUCGGAUUUUAAAAAUACUAAUUUUGAAAUUCUGAUUUUCUCAUCUUUGAUUUCUUCGACGGCUUUAACCUUUGAUUCUAUUUAUUUAUAUACAAUUGAAUAGUGUGAAAAAAUCUUUUGUUUUUUCACAAUUUUUUUCCCAAAGAUUUUCUUCUCAUCAUUUACAGGAUUUUAAAAAUACUUAUUUUGAAAUUCUGAUUUUCUCAUCUUCGAUGGCUUUCACCUUUGAUUCAUUGAAAAAAAGAAAGAUUUUAUUAGUUUUGUUUAUUUAUUUAUAUGAAAAAACAAUUUUUUUUAGGUUUUAGGGUUAAAAAUAAAAUUGGUUUUAAAAACAAUUUUAUUUUAAUUUUUUUUUGCGAAAAUCAAGUGGUGUACAGCUGUAUGGGGUAGAUCUAGGAAGAUGGAUGUAAUUUGGAAAGAUCGAGACGUAAUUAUGAUUUAAUGUGCCAGCUGUAUCAUACUGGUUUGGUUCUGAAAACCCUAGUGUCACACUAGGGUACCUUAUCUAGCUAGUGGGGUCAGUUGACCGACACUUAUUGUGGUGUACAAAAUUCUUUACAAUUUUUAAUUAAAAAAUAUAAACUUAGUUAUGCUAUUUGCAGUAGUAUUUACCUAUUUUGGAUUAAAAAAAUAUAUUUUAAAUAAAAGUUUUAACAAUUUUUUUUUUUUUUUUUUGCAUUAAAUGGCACGUUAUGUUUUUGCCUGACCUGUAUUCGGCGGAGACCCCUAAACACUCCUCAACCCUUUACAUCUCUUUUGACUCUCUCCACAAUUUAUCUUCAAAUAUCUCAAACACCUUCUUCUCUCCUCCACUGCAACGGAUCGAUGAUUUGGGUCUCUAUAAUCACUUGUGUGUCAUUGGUGUGUCAGUUUUUUGUUUGUUUGUUUGUUUGUUUUGUUACAUGGUGUAAUACCCGGUAUUACACAUGGUUACGCCAUAACAUUUACAAUAAAUCACAACAAAGAUUUGUGUUCAUUUCUUCUAUAUGUUUUUUUAUUUUUCACAACCAAACAUUUUGGGUUUUAUAAUCAGUUGUUUGCUAUUUGUUUUUGUUCGUUUUGGAUUUCUAUAAACUCAAAUCAAAGAGGCUAUUGUGCGCCAUGGUUCGUUGGAAUGGUACUCGGUAUGUAAGGGUGCACUUGGGUGCACAGAAUUGAUUCCUCGGAAUUGGAUUUGGAGAAAAUUUUAUUACACAAUUUUCUCCAAGUUCAAUCCUAAGGCACCAAUUCGUUUCAAAAGUUGGUAUCCAAACAAUCUCGUCCUACUCGGGUAAGUGCAAUACGUGGGUCUAAUAAGCUUUUGGUUUGGUUCAAGCCCAGCAUUUUGGUUCAAGCCCAGCAUGUAGGUUCCGUUCCCCGGCUAAGCUCAUAAUGCGCCAUUCCUCAUAAAGGAGCGAACCCCGUGUUAGGUCUCACUGAAAGUCAAGCAUGAACAAAGAAAGUCUACUCGAAAUAGUCUAGCGUCCGAACGAGCAAGAGAACAAAAUAUCGCAUACAAUUUUUUCUCUCUGCAAUCUCGCCUAACUAGGGUUUCGAUAGAGGCAUCCAAUUUUUUCUCUCUCCACCGUACGAGUAUUGCAAUCUCGCCUACUCUCAGAGUGAACGAAACAAUGGCUAGGGUUUUUUCCUUGUCUUCCAAAGGAAGAAGGUGCCUCUCGGGUUUCUCAGCAAUCCCUUCGUAUACAAUUUAAUCCUUCAAAUAUUGAUGCAAAUGGUCUCCCGAGGAAGAAUAGAUCAAUUAUGGCUUCUACUUCUGCAGAGCAUCUGCAACAUGAUACUUCACGUAUUGGUUGUCCUCGACGAUGCCAGUUCAGUACAAUCUCGAGCGUCAUAAAUCCUGUGCAAAAUCCGGGAGUCAUCAAUCCUUCUCAGAAUCAGAGAGUCAUCAAUCCUUAUCAUCGUCCGAUUAUAGGUCAUGGCACUCCAUUUUGGCUAACAGGAGACUCAGGAACAAUACCUUACUCCUCGUUUUUGGAAUAUGUCAUUGGAAGACGGGGGGACCUUACAAGCAAAUUUAUAGCGUGGACCCUGAGUCUGUCAGAAAAAUGUUUUUCAGUUCUGGCAUGAAGGAAGAGUUGUAUGAAAUGAGAAGAUAUAUUUCUUCAACAGUUGCCGAUCUGCGUCGUCUAGGACAUCUUUUGAAUUCCCGUGAAUAUAUUUCUGUUGUUGACUUUGAACGAUGGUUUCAAUCUUCUAGGGAGGAAAGUAGGCGUUAUAUUCUGGAUUUUAUGAAGGGAAACCGUGUUAAUGUGGUGGCACAAUCUAAUGAUACUUUGCUGUCCUAUCCAGCAUUGACAGUUGUGUAUGAGGCUCCUCCAGCAUGUGUAAAUAAGUUGAACACCGAUGGUGCCUUCAUUGCUUCUGGAAUUCCUGGUGUUCCUGGAAAGGCAGCGUGGAGUGGGGUAUGGAGAGAUUGUGAAAACAAUCUCGGACCUGUGUAUUCUGGUAAGGUAGAUGGGAUAUUGUCAUCCUACGAGGCUGAGAUGUGUGGUAUUUGUUAUAGUGCCCGUGCUUCCUAUGAGAAUAGUGGUUUGCGGAAUGAACCGUGGGUGUGGUAGAACGACAAUUUGGACCUUGUGAAUGCCAUUAAUUCUGGCAUACACAAGCCGGAUCAUGAUUUUGUAGUUAAACAUAGUGAUAUCGAAAGCAUACUGAGUGCUUUUCCAUACUGCCUUCCACCCCAGUAUGUGCCUCGUGAAGGCAACAGACUUGCAUAUUUUAUUGCUGGUGAGGCGCAGGAUGGUCGACCAUUAGAUCUGUCAGAAGUUCUUAGAAGAGCGAUUGAUGAUCCAUUUUUGUGGAGCUACCGUCUGAAAUAUCUUCAUCGGGAUUGGAUUAACUAGCUGUUGUGGUGCUAUGUAAAUCUGUUGCUAAACAGCCCAGGUUGACCGCACUUGCACUAGUGAUUUUACCGGCAAUCUAACAAGGAUUUGAAUCAGCAUUUCUUCAGGGAGAGCCAAAAGAAUAGAUCUUGACGAUGCUCUACUUUUCCCUCUUGCCAUUAUCUCUAUGCUUUUGCAGUUAAACCCUAGGUUAUUUCAAAACCUUAGGUUAUUUCAAAACAAUUUUCGACAAAUAAGGUUAGGUUGGGUAGGUUGGGUAAUAGAUUCCUAGUUCGUGUGUAAUUUGACAUAACCUAGUACUAAUUGUACAUCGAUAUGGAAUCCUUAAACAAAAGUUACAAACUCUGCGAAGAAAUAACAGUCCUCUUAUUUUAUGAAGUCUGUGUGACUAUUUAUAUGUCAAAUAUAAUGGGU